AUGUACGCUUCUCGGAUUUUGCUGGGCGCCCUCGCCGCGGCUUUGGCCACUGCAGAUACUUGUUCCACCGUUCAACUCAUCUCUUCCAUCGAGGUAGAUAGUCCUGUGUCCUUGGACUAUAUCACGGAGCAGGCAGACUACUGGUCCUCCUCAUGUGCCUCACUCCUCCCAACCUGCAUCAUCUUUCCCAAGUCCGCCGAAGAGGUGGCCACAGUCAUCAAGGUACUGAAUGACAAUGAUGAGAGCUUUGCCAUCAAGUCUGGGGGUCAUAAUCCCAACAACUACUUCUCCAGCAUUGAAGGCGGUCCUCUGAUUUCAACUCAGAGGAUGGACCAGGUCCUUCUUGACAUUGAUACCGGCAUUGCAAGGGUCGGACCUGGUAUCCGUCUGGAUGAGAUUGCUGCUCAGCUGCAAGGAACCGGUUGGACCUUUGUCGGAGGGCGGAUUGGAAACACUGGUGUCGGUGGCCUAGUCCUCGGUGGUGGCCUCUCCUACAUGUCUGCCCAAUAUGGGUGGGCUGCCUCGUCGGUCAUCGAGUACGAGAUUGUCCUCGCCAACGGUACCGUCACCACCGUGUCCGAGACGCAAAACCCCGAUCUGUACAAGGCGCUCAAGGGCGGCGGCAACAAUUUUGGCAUUGUCACAACCUACGUGCUGCAGACAUACCGGCAGGGCGAUGUCUACGGCGGCAACUUGGUCUUUCUCAGGACCCCCGAGACAGACGCGACGUUGCUCAAGGCCGUGCGCGACUUUACCGAGUACAAUGAUGACGACAAGGCGGCCGUCAUUGUGACGGCCGAGCGGUCCACUGCCAAUGCGAUUGACUCGUGGAUACUCUUCAUCUUUUACGACGGCGCCGUGCCCCCCGAGGAGACGUUCAAGAACUUUACCGAUGCGGGACCCACGCUGAACACGUUGCGGACGCAGACGUACUCGGAGCUGAUUGGCGGCAGCAACUGGGUCAUUGUCAAGGCGUCGGUCGUGGACAUUGGCACCGAGACGAUUCCUCUCCCUUCUUUGGAGAAUGGCGACUUUAUGGACGAGCUGCACGCCCACUGGCGCAACAUUUCGGGCAGUGUCCAGCUCGAGCCGGGUAUCGUCGCAUCAAUUGCCUAUCAGCCCUUUCCCAAGCGUAUCGCCACAGCUGCCAAGGAGAGGAGCGUUGACCUCAUUGAUUGCGAUGACGAUGUGGACAAGAUGAUUAUUGAAAUGAACUAUAGCUUUACGUUGCAGUCCGACUAUGACAAGAUGGCAGAUACGCUGGAAGCGACCUACACGGGUGUUCGCGACAGAGUCUUGGAAUGGACAAGUGCGGGUAAAUUGCCAGAGACAUAUUUGCCCGUCUUUAUGAACUAUGGCUUCUUCCGCCAGGACUACUUUGGCAGACUCAAGCCGGAAAAUGCAGAGUUUGCAAAGACUGUGGCGGAGCAGGUCGAUCCCAAUGGAUUCUUUAGAGAUCGUACGGGAGGGUUCAGACCAUAA